CAUCAAAUGCCAGACUCUGCUGAGAAGAAAUAUCACAUUCAAAAUGUCGCUUCCUACACUCAACCACGUUUUCACCAUGGCCAUCACUCCUAAGGAGCCGGUCAACACUGGUGAAACUCCAAGGGGAAAGGCCAACUGGUUCGAGAUCUCGGAUGGCACGAUCACUGGAGCAGAUGGUGAACACAUCGCUGACGUCCUCUCUGGAGGAGGAGACUACCUCACGCGAUAUGUUGAUGACAACGUCGCAGAGGUGGACAUGCGACUGAUUGCCAAAGACUCGGCUGGCGACCUUAUGCGCCUCACCGUAUCGGGAUAUGACUAUCUCGACCGAGCAACUAUGCUGGCCUUGGAUGGUAGAGCUGGUGAAGACCCGGGAAACAGCAACUCGGGCGUCACUGAGCCUUACGGUUUUGAAGUUUUGAAGUUCAACACGGCCAGUCAAAAGUACAGAUGGCUGAACUUUGCAGUUCUUCUUGCGCGUGUUAAAUUUGUCGUCGGCAACGCGGGCAUUGAGAGUGUUGUGUAUACAACUUACCAGGUGUGCAACUGAGGAUAUUUUGAGAGAUAGUGCACCGAGUCGUGUAAAAAAGGAUAUGUGAUGGUUAUUUUAAUCAGAUCCUUAGAUAGCACAUACAAAAUAAAUUAUUGGUGAAUAUUCCCCAAC